AUGCAUUAUUCGCCCACCGCAACUUCCUCUGAACACUCGAUCUACGGUAUGGGAGGCAUUACAGCCAACACAGCUCCAGUGCCGCGCAUCAAUUACAAGCAGUGUGCCAACAAUACAAAUUCGAACUGGUGGGCAGAUCCUAUUAUGUUGUCAAUUCCCCAUGAGAAGCCUCCCUCGCGUACUGACAGGUGUUGGCUAGCCCUGCGUCGCAAUGUAUUCCAUUGCAUCGGUCUAUGUGGCACGCUCUUCUUCAAUGGAUAUGACGGAAGUCUUUUCAACGGACUUCAAACCAUCAACUCGUGGCAGACCUUCUUCAGCCACCCCAAAGGCAACACUCUGGACCUGAUGAACUCCGCUGCAUUAUUCCCUGGCUUGGUGUCGCCCUAUUUCGCAGAAGUCAUUGCCAGCCGAUGGGGGCGACGAUAUGCUGUAUGGGUGGGCAUUUUUAUCAAUGUUGUCGGAGCAGUUGUAAACUCGGCUGCGAUCAACUUGGGCAUGUACAUUGCCGGCCGAGUCUUCAUGGGUAUUGGUAUCUCUAUGGGCCUCACUAUUGCUUCGACUCUGCUUCAAGAGUUUGCCCAUCCCCGUUUCCGAGCCCAGAUUGGCAGCAUGUACACAACCAUUUACUAUAUUGCGGCUGUUAUCUCUGCGAGUAUCUGCCUCGGCAUACGACAUCUUAGCGGUACCAAGGCCUGGCGCAUCCCGUGCUACCUGCAGCUCGUAGGUCCGACAGUGACCUUUCUCAUGACCAUGACCAUGCCGGAGUCGCCGCCCAGAUGGCUUGCGAAGCAAGGGAAAUCCGACGAAGCACUACAAGUCUUGACUGAGUACCACACGAACGGCGGAGAGCCGGAUGAGCUAGUUCGCCUUGAAUACAAGGAAAUCCCUGAAAGUUUGCGAGCGGAGGAGAAGAACUCGCAAACACGAUAUGUCGAUUACUUGAGGCCGAUCAACAGACAUCGGCUGUUCAUCCUCAUCUCGAUCGCCAUCGGCACCAAUUGGUCUAUCAAGGAACAGGCCGAGCUGAAUCUUGGUCUGCAGAUUUGGAACCUGAUUCUGUCCACCAUGGCCGCACUGUCUGUGGACAGAGUUGGGCGACGGCUUCUGUGGCUGGCUUCCACUAUCGGGAUGCUGGUCGCCUUCACCAUCAUGAUGGGCUUGUCGGGAGCAUAUGCCCACGAAGGCACGAAGAGCCUGGGCAUUGCCGUCAUCCCGUUCUUGUUCAUCUUCUUCGGCUUCUAUACCAUUGCCUGA